UAAAGUGAUCAUAGUAAAUAACGUUACAAAAAAAAAAAAAAAAAAAUUAUUUCGGCUGUCAGAGAAGUAGUUACUUGAUGUUCGGAAAGAAGAUGAAAUUUCUCCCCAUUAUCGAUAACGUACGUUGGUACCGUGGGAUGUCGAAUGUGCAGACGAAAGCCUGCGAAGGAUUGCUCCACGCCCUUCGCGAUGACAUGGAACAGGGAUCUGCGUACCGAGUUCGUCGUUGUAUUUCCCAGUUGGGUCUUUAUCCCUUAGUGGGCACAUCGCAGAUUAAGAUUCUUAUGAGUAUGAGUCGGGGAAGUGACUUGGCUUUCCUCUGGUUUCUGUGGGAAUUGGCCUAUAAAAACCCAGAAAAGUGCCGAAAUUCUUUCGAGGUCACGGAACCGGGAUUCUAUACGGUCAACGAACAACUUUUGCUUUCGGGAAUUGCCCAUCUGGAUAUGCCGGCAACCUUGAGAGCUUUAGAUGAACUACUUCCACCUGGAACUCAGUCAGAAAAGAAAAGGAACUCCCCUUCUCAAAGUUGUACAAAGAAAAGAUGUUUCAAGCCCAAUCAAUCCAGUGGUAAGGAUAACAUCCUGCCAUAUUUUGAACGCCUAGUGCGGCCUCGUCCAUUUAUUGCAAAUCAAAUGUAUCGACCGCCUGAGAGCAAACUUCGUUUUCCGGAAUUCUCGAAGUAUAGGGAUCACUUGCACCCAAUCCCCAAUGAAAAUUCCCGUUGGUUUGCCAGUUAUGAGUUCUGUCCUGUAAAGAGGAUAAUAACAAAGUUGCUUUCAAAGCAACUCGAUAGUCUGUUAUUGGAACCAAAGAAGAAUGAUACAAAAGAAAAUGAUAUUCUGUGUAAAACGCAUCGCUUUCGGAAUAAGACUGAGUUUAUUGAACAGCAAGAAAUGAAAUACUGGGCUAUUCAGCACUGUUUGGAUCUUAUGGAUGUUCCUGGAGGUGCGGAGAAAGUUCGAAGAAAACGUAUUCUAGAGGAUAUAGAAUGUGACGUCGAACGAGCAGCCAACAAAACUCGUAGAGCAAUGCGGAAACCCUUUAGCGAAGUUAAAAACAAUUUAAGUAAUAAAAAGGUUUCCCCAGCACGUCAGAGUAAAAGAAUUAAGGAUGAUCUAUGUAGGGUAUUGGGUCCGGAAGUUGAUAGUACUAGGGUUCAUUUACAUUCCCCACCGAAAGAUGAUUUAACACAUGUGAUUCUAAUGCAAAGUAAUAAAUCCAACCGGUGCGGUGCCGGCGAUUGUAUUGUCAUGGAUGUUAAUUGCUCCUUAGAAGAUAAAAAGGACAUAAUUAUAAAACCAAAGGAACCAAGUAUCCAUGAGGAAGAAAUUCAUUUACGUCCUUCCACCUUCCAGAAUCUUGCUGAUCUGAUUCCCGUUUGCAGUCGCACUUUGCGUUUAAAAAGUCCUUCAACGAAGCAUCCUGAUUUGGAAUCAUUUGCAACUAGGAAACUCAAUGGCAUCCAGUUUGACUACCAAAAGAUUUAUGAUGUUCCCACAGUUCCUAUUCAGCCAUUACCUUGGGAGGAUGAUAACUUAGAUCUCAAAGACAAGCAAUCCUUAAUCAAGAAUCUUUGCAUUCAGGCUCUUGAAAAUGGAAAAUCCAAUUCCAUAAAAGACUUUCAGCUGCAUAAAAAUCUCCCACCUAUUCUAAAAACAGCUGCCAAUUGUGCCAUUGAUAUUUUCCGCUCAAAAAUCGAAGAAGUGAAUGAAAUACCACCCGAAAAGAUUCAAGAUCUCAUCGAUCCGAAUGACACCGAACAGAUUGAGAAUCUUUUGAAAGAGGCUUUCCGAAUUCUUAGAAAAAAUCCGAACUAUGUGCUGGCCUCCUUAUCGAAUUCACACAAGUUGCCCGUUUUACUCGAUUGGGUGGCCAAUCGUUAUGGCAAAACAUUCAAUCGAAAGGAAAUGCAAAUUCUUGCUAACACUUCUUUUCGAACCUACGAAACGAUUUAUCAGAAAGAAAAUCAGGGAAAGGAGGAGUUACUGAAAGUCAAAGGAAAUGUAGCUUUUUUGGGUUCCAGCACAUAUGCCCACUAUAAAAAGUUCAUGUGCGAGGCGAGAAGAAUAAAAACCAAAUACCACAAAAAGCUAAAUGAUUCGGCUUUGGAGCAGGCACGUAAAACUUGGUUAGCAUUGCGAGGAUAUUCCCAUCUCGGUGGACCAAUCAAGGACACUUUCUUCGCUUACAUGCCAGCCAAACAGCAAGAUCUUAAGCGUCAUCGCAUUUGGAAGUCCUUCGAAUAUCGGGAUAUGGUUCAACUGCGUUUGAGAAAGCUUCCAUAGGGAGAAACUUGAGCUGGUGGUUCCAAAUGACAGAUCGAAAAACAUAAGAAAAAGAUGAUUUUUGUUCUGUCAUUUGGAAUCACUAAAAAUGUGGAUAAUUAAUUAUAC